AUGACAAGCGGCAGUGGGAAAUGCACUAAGUACAGCUGUGGUGACAAGGAAUGCACGUGGGGAGUGCGCGUAAGUCGGCGAGUGGAUGGGGCUAUGUACGUCUCUACAAUCAAUGAAAAGCACUACGAGUUUGGUGCGUCCAUGUCAAAACCAACUCAACGAUGGAUACGCUCACUUCGAACAUUUCAAGCGGCCAGCUGUGGCGACAGGAACAUGAAGCUCAAGACGCUGGCGUCACUCACUCAAGGUCGCGCCAACUUGGAAGCGAAUGGAUCAAAGCUGUACAGAGCAAAGAAUGAGGUGGUCGACAUCUUGAUGGAGGAUGGAGUGAAUAUUUCUUAA